CACUCUCUUAGAGUAAUGUUUCUCAGUCCUGGCUGCACCUUCCAAUCACUGGAGCAUGGGCCCACCCCAGAUCAAUUACAUCACCUCCUACAGGUAAGGCUCAGGGCAUCAGUGUGUUUUAAAACCCCUCCAGAAGAUCCAAAGCUGCAGCCAGGAUUCAGAACUACAGAUGUAAGUCUUAACAAAGGUUGAUUUAAUGUUUUUUUUAAUGAGGUUUUUGAAUAUGUUUUGCUUUAGUGACGUCACUGACAAUAUUGAAAUGUAUUCAAACUCCCUUUGCUCUAUAGAUCCAAAUUUCAAUGCACUUUUCAUAAUUAAACAAAUUAAGCCUUAAAACUGAGCGACGUAAUAAAGGCAAUGGGGCGUCACACCCAUGGACAAUGUCUCCGAGGAGGUCUAAGAAUGGUAUUAAAAAAAAAAGGCUGGAAUAAACCAAGAUCUACUCCUUUUUCUCUAAUUCUAGACUCUAGUAGUUUGGAUCAGUUUCAUUGUUAAAUCUAAAGAAAUUUGGAGCAUUGCUAACAUCAGAGGAAGAAAAAUCACAAGAGACUGAUUUCCCUCCUACUACCAAACUACAGUAACCACGUAUGAAUACACAGACUCCCGGGCAUAAUCACAUUACCUCUGUAAAGUCUCACCCUAAAACUAUUUUUGGAAACUAGGGAUAUUCCAGAUUAAUGAAAUCUGUGCCGUAGUCGCUGGCUCAGGCCUGAGUUUUGCAAGCUAAGCUGCUAAAGCAGCCGCCCUCCCAGUCAUAACGAAGCUUUCGCCCUACUUCGAUACCCCUGGGAACCACAUACUCAUCGAAGAGCUUUUUUUGGGAACCGAUGUUGUUCACAUUCCCGUUUCCUAAAAAUACUGAAAAGCAGUCCUCUCCGGAUUCCUUGCGGGUCACUUUAAGUUACAAGUUCAUGGGUACACGACCUGAGAGAACCAUUUCCACCCGCCAAUGCGGGCGAAGGUCAGCCAGACGCUUCCCUUUGUAUACUCUCAACCCGCGCCACCCAGAUGCGAAAAGUUAGAAUACGAGACCGGGACAAAGGGACGCACGUUCUAGAUAAAUUAUCAAAGUCGCACCGAGGUUAUUGUAAAUCUUGCCGACUAGAAAUUGGGGGUAAAGCUUUUAAAGCUCUCUUAUUGUGGUUUAAAAUAUCAGAAACGAGGCGGCUUCGACUUGUUUUAGCUAAACAGACCACUGAGGGGGCCCCAGCGGAGAGGUCGCGCGGUCACGAGGGUCCCACCCAGCGUCCGCCGCACCCGGGCGGGCGCGAGCGCCAACGAGGCCUGAAGGGACUCGUUGGAGCGCGCCGGCCGGGCGUGGUGACGUCAGGGCGGAAGCGCACGCUGCGUGAAGCGGCUCAGAACCCGGCGGUCACGGGAAUAUCCGUCGCGCCGAGGACGCUGGUUAGUCUCAGUCCGGGUUCCGGCUGCGUUGGGCGUGCGUGCAGCUCGCUGACUAUGGCGUCCGGGCCUCACCCGACCGCGACCGCUGCCGCCGCCGUCUCGUCGGCCGCCCCUAGCGCGGGCGGCUCCAGCUCCGGGACGACGACCACGACGACGACCACGACGGGAGGGAUUCUGAUCGGCGACCGUCUCUACUCGGAAGUUUCGCUCACCAUCGACCACUCUCUGAUUCCGGAGGAGCGGCUCUCGCCCACUCCGUCCAUGCAGGACGGGCUCGACCUGCCCAGCGAGACGGACUUGCGCAUCCUGGGCUGUGAGCUCAUCCAGGCCGCCGGCAUUCUCCUCCGGCUACCGCAGGUGGCGAUGGCAACGGGGCAGGUGUUGUUUCAUCGUUUUUUCUACUCCAAAUCUUUCGUCAAACACAGUUUCGAGAUUGUUGCCAUGGCUUGUAUUAAUCUUGCAUCAAAAAUCGAAGAAGCGCCUAGAAGAAUAAGAGAUGUGAUUAAUGUAUUUCACCAUCUACGCCAGUUAAGAGGAAAAAGGACUCCAAGCCCCCUGAUCCUUGAUCAGAACUACAUUAACACCAAAAAUCAAGUUAUCAAGGCAGAGAGGAGGGUGCUAAAGGAGUUGGGAUUUUGUGUUCAUGUCAAGCAUCCCCAUAAGAUCAUUGUUAUGUAUUUACAAGUCUUAGAAUGUGAACGUAAUCAAACCCUGGUUCAAACUGCCUGGAAUUAUAUGAAUGACAGUCUUCGAACCAAUGUAUUUGUUCGAUUUCAACCAGAGACUAUAGCGUGUGCUUGCAUCUACCUUGCAGCUAGAGCUCUUCAGAUUCCAUUGCCAACUCGUCCCCAUUGGUUUCUUCUUUUUGGUACUACAGAAGAGGAGAUCCAGGAAAUCUGCAUAGAAACACUUAGGCUUUAUACCAGAAAAAAGCCAAACUAUGAAUUGCUGGAGAAAGAAGUAGAGAAAAGAAAAGUGGCCUUACAAGAAGCCAAAUUAAAAGCAAAGGGAUUGAAUCCUGAUGGAACUCCAGCCCUUUCAACCCUUGGUGGAUUUUCUCCAGCCUCUAAACCAUCUUCACCAAGAGAAGUAAAAGCUGAAGAGAAGUCUCCCAUCUCCGUUAAUGUGAAGACAGUCAAAAAAGAGCCUGAGGAUAGACAACAGCCUUCCAAAAGCCCUUAUAAUGGGGUAAGAAAAGACAGCAAGAGAAGUAGAAAUAGCAGAAGUGCAAGUCGAUCGAGGUCAAGAACACGAUCACGUUCUAGAUCGCAUACUCCAAGAAGACAUUAUAAUAAUAGGCGGAGUCGAUCUGGGACAUACAGCUCAAGAUCAAGAAGCAGGUCCCGCAGUCACAGUGAAAGUCCAAGAAGGCAUCAUAAUCAUGGUUCUCCUCACCUGAAAGCCAAGCACACCAGAGAGGAUUUAAAAAGUUCAAAUAGACACAGUCAUAAAAGGAAAAAGUCUCGGUCUCGAUCUCAGAGCAAGUCUCGGGAUCACUCAGAUGCUGCCAAGAAACACAGGCAUGAAAGGGGACAUCACAGGGACAGGCGUGAAAGAUCUCGCUCCUUUGAGAGGUCCCACAAAGGCAAGCACCACGGUGGCAGUCGCUCAGGACACAGCAGGCACAGGCGCUGACGUUCUCCCUCGAGCCUGGAUCAGCUGCUGAUCCUGCCAAUCCGCGGUGUGAUGUACGGACUCACUCACAAUCAAAACAUUAAAAGCAAACUGAUUAGGAUUUGAUUUCUUAAAACCAUCUCUAGGUCUCUAGAAACACUGAGGACAUUUUCUUUCAAAAAGAACUAUGUUUUGGGGGGUUUUUUUUUUUUGUCUUUUUUUUUUUUUUUUUUUGUCACAUAAAAUGCCCUAGCAGUAUCACAUUGAAAACCAUGGUCAGGUUCAAUUGUAAUUAUUAUAGUUGUGUAUUGUUUAUUGCUAUAAGAACUGGAGCGUGAAUUCUGUAAAAAUGUAUCUUAUUUUUAUACAGAUAAAAUUGCAGACAAUGUUCUAUUUAAGUGGUUAUUUGUUUAAAUGAUGGUGAAUACUUUCUUAACACUGGUUUGUCUGCAUGUGUAAAGAUUUUUACAAGGAAAUAAAUAAAAUACAAAUCUUGUUUUUCUAAACUGCUUCAAAUAUCUUAUUUAAAUAAAUUAUUAAAAAGCAAAA